AUGGCAGCCUCUCCAAAGUAUCUCUCCGGAGAUUCAGCUGCGAUCCGCGAGUUUAUCGAUGAGUUCGACAUCUUUCUACUUGAUUGUGAUGGAGUACUCUGGUCUGGAGACCACCUGUUCCCCGGGACUGUCGAGACGCUGGAGUUCUUGAGAUCUCAAGGCAAGAAAAUCGUCUUCGUCACCAACAACUCGACGAAAUCCCGAGCGGACUACCAGAAGAAGCUCACAUCUAUGGGCAUACCCAGCGACGUCGAGGAAAUCUUCGCAUCGGCCUACUCCUCCGCCAUCUACAUCUCCCGCAUCCUCAAGCUCCCAGGACCAAAGAACAAAGUCUUCGUAAUGGGCGAGAGCGGCAUCGAGACGGAAUUGAAGAGCGAGGGUAUUGAGUUUAUUGGAGGAACAGACCCUGCCUAUCGACGAGACAUCACACCAGAGGACUACACUGGGAUUGCAGAUGGAUCUUUGCUGGACGAUAAUGUGGGCGUCGUGCUAGCUGGUCUGGAUUUUCACGUCAACUACCUGAAGCUCUCGCAUGCCUAUCACUAUAUCAAACGCGGAGCGGUGUUCCUGGCUACCAACCUCGACAGCACGCUACCCAACAGCCACAGUUUCUUUCCUGGUGCGGGCUCGAUAGUCAUCCCGCUCAUAAAUAUGUCUAAACAACAGCCCACGGCAUUGGGCAAGCCGAGUCAGGCAAUGAUGGAUUCAAUAGAGGGGAAGUUCCAGUUUGACCGUAAGAAGGCGUGUAUGGUUGGAGACAGGCUUGACACUGAUAUCAAGUUCGGUAUUGAGGGCAAGCUUGGAGGAACGCUGGCUGUCCUGACGGGAGUCAGCAAGAAGGAACAAUGGGAAGCUGAAGAUGCUGCGGCCGUUCCAGCUUAUUAUGUUGAGAAACUGAGCGAUCUGAAGGGUUGA